AUGCUCGAGGCUCUCUUUGAAAAAUCGUUCAAGGAGAGAAGUGCAAGCAACAUGACGGGGCAGGGCAUGGCGAGCGGUGCAAGUUUCGAAAGUGAUGCGCGCAUGAAUGCUGCCGCUCUGCCUGCCGACAUGCUCGUUGCAGCGCAGGGGGGCGACCAGGCAUGCACAUUCAAGCUGGAGAAUGAAGCUUGCAGUUUCAGUGACCCAUUUUUGCUGCAAGUGGAGCCGGGCCCUGUGCAGAAAUCCGACCUGCCAUACGCACAGCUCACGCCAGCGGAAAUCAUCAACGGUGCACCUUUCUCUGGAGUUCCCAAGGGCGUGCCUUGUGCAUCCGCUCAGCAGGAGACGUUCCGGUACCUGAGUGCGGCUCUCGGCGCGUGUGAGCCGUUGGAUCCUGCUCUGUACACGUGUCAGAAUCUGGAUGAUCCGAACCUGGACAUGCCUCUGCAGGAGCUAGAGGCAGUGGAGAGCUUGCUUGGGGUGACUCCAUACACUGCCAGUCAACCUGGUCAACCCGGUCAACCUGGUCAAUCUUCUCAGGUCUUCUCUCCAAUUCGACGUCAUGAUUUGUACUCUACUCCGCAAUCAUGCUUUGCUGGCGAUGGCAGUGGCGUUUCUGCCUUGCUCACGCACCCUGCUUCGGUGUUCCCAAGCCCCGUCAUUCUGAUUUAA